AUGGCCAAAUUAAUUUAUGCAAAAUAUAUUUCGAGAUCGCCUUUUUCCAUGGACCUGCAGUACUCGUCAGACUCGGAGAGCGAUCCUCAGGAACCCCUCAAACCUCCGCCAGAGAGCUUUCUUCUCAAGUACGCGGAAACGCCCGUCUUCAGACGCAAGGGGACGCCCACCAGGAGAACGUCGCACAUCUCUCUGCAUAUACCCUUGUCCGGUGAGCAGCACGCGCUUCUGCAUUCGCUGGUCCAAAAGUUCUGGAACGAACUGUGCCGGCAGUGCGUGCUCGACGAGUCGGCCACUUUACAGGAAACCCUGUUUGACGAGCUCACAGAAGCUGCCAGAAGUCUCCAUAUUUCGCUGUCGUACAAUCUGACGUUUGAAAACGACGAGAAACUAAGAGAGUUCAUCUCCCUGCUAGAGGAAAAGCUGCCGUUGAAGACUCCGCUCAAGGUUGGGUUUUCGGGCGAAAUCAGACUACUCCCCAGCCUAGACCGCUCCAAGCAGUUUGUGGCGCUGAUGGUGGACCAGGAAACACGCAAUAGCCUGAGAAGCACGGUGGAGCUCAUAAACGACCACGUUCCCGGCAACAGAGACGGCGACAAUAACAUUCCGUACAGCCCGGACCUUCUGCACUGCACGAUCGGCGAGGUCCACCAGAAAGACCUGCAAUUCAGCGCACACCUCCAGCCCGUCACGCUCGCUGCGGCCAGCAUCGUGGCCUCGCAGGGCCGGAGCAAAACACCCUUGCACCAGAAACAGGCAAGGCGAGAAAAAACCAACGCACAAGUUGGAUAA